GGUAAACUCCCAAAAGGGUUCGGUCUUCGUGAAGUCACUUGAUGUAUCUGAUGUUUCAAAGGAUGCUGAUUUGUUGUUUCAUGUUCUUGAUAAAAUGGUGGAGGAAGUUGGUGAAGAGAAUGUGGUACAGGUGGUGACUGAUAAUGCAUCAGCUUAUGUGAAGGCAGGGAAGUUGUUGGAAGCUAAAAGACCACAUCUCUAUUGGACACCAUGUGCUGCACACUGCCUAGACUUGAUGUUGGAGGAUAUUGGCAAACACAUUCCUAGGGUUAAAAAUGCUUUAAAAAAGGCCAUUUACUCAAAUGGAUAUAUAUAUAGUCAUGUUGGUUUGGUGAACUUGAUGAGAAAGUUCACAAACCAAAAAAACUUGCAUAGACCGACCAUCACAAGAUUUGCUACUUCCUUCAUCACUCUUGCCCAGAUCCACAAACAAAAAAACAAUUUGAGGAAGAUGGUGACUUCUCAAGAGUGGGAAGCGAGCAAGUGGUCUAAAGAACCACAGUUUAUGCUUCAUGUUCAUUUUGCUAUACGGAUUCUUAGUCUCACUUGUAGUGCUACAAGUUCUGAGAGAAACUGGAGUGUUUUUCAACAACUUCACACUAAGAAACGAAAUAGAUUAGCACAGUCUAGAUUGAAUGACAUGGUGUUUGUGAAAUUCAAUCGUGCCUUGGAGCGCCGAGCUAAAAGUAAGGAGAUCGAUCCCAUUCUUUUGCAAGAUAUUAAUGAGAGCAAUGAGUGGUUGAUGGGAAGAAUGGAAGAUGAUGAAGAUGAUGAUGAGGCGGUGUUUGUUGGUGAGGAUUUGACAUGGAGUGAUGUUGCUAACGCUUCCGGUGCAUAUGAGCCUAGUUAUCUAACUAGAGCAUCAAAAGUAGUGAAUGAUGGAGCUGGACCAUCGAGAAAUGAUAAAGGAAAAUCUCCUGCUCAUAAUCCUAUCUCUAGUAGACCAUCUCGUAGAUGCUUAGUUGAUGAAGAUGAGAUGGAAGAAGAUAUUGGAGUGUCUAGUGAUGAAGGAAAUGGUGUUGAUCGAGUUGAUGACGAUUUAGAGGAUUUUUAGUUAUAAGGAAUUGAGGGUUUAGAAAAAUACUUUUGUUCAUCUCACUUUAGACUACUUUUGGUGUAGACCAUUUUUUGAGAUUAAUAUGCUCGU